AUGUCCGAGGGGGUCCGAGGGGGAGGAAGGAAGGGCUAUUUUGGGGGUGAGGGAGGAGGGAAGGGCGGGGGAGUGGGGGCAAGGUUUGGCGUUAGGGGUGGUAGAGGAAGGCGUGUUGCUGGAGUUAAUAGGCUGAGGGUUGGGUCUUGGAAUAUAAGGACUCUUCAAGGUAAGUCUGUAGAGCUGGUGAAGAUUCUUAGAAAGAGGAGAAUCAAUAUUGCGUGUGUGCAGGAGACUGGGUGGGUAGGGUCUAAGGCAAGGGAUAUAGAUGGUUAUAAGUUAUGGUACUCUGGUAGCGAGAGGCGUAAGAAUAGAGUUGGCAUCUUAGUGGAUGAAGAGCUUAGAGGGCAGGUAGUCGACGUUAAGAGGAUCAACGAUAGGUUGAUGACUGUUAAGUUGGUUAUUGGGCGGUUUACCCUGAAUGUGUGUAGUGUUUAUGCACCGCAG